CUCCGUUGCCGGCUGCCCAGAAAUCCCUUAAACUGUCUCUGAGCUGUCCACCUGGAGAGAGACAAAGGAGACUGUUCUUUUCCAGUCAUCCGGCGUCCCUCAAUUAUCACUCUGGGCAAGAUGCUUCCAAUAUCCUGCCCGCUGCUCAUGGCAGCCCUGGCCACGGGAGUUCUGGCGGCCCAGCAGGACAUUGUCAUGUGGCCGUGGAUGAAUCCCGACUCGAUGAGUGCCUCUCUGGAUGUUGACUCGACCUGCUUGAACGCCCUGAUCGAGAAAGAAGACUGGCAAGGACAACAGCCUGCGUAUGACGCCGAUGACUACUGCACCUAUGGUGGCCCGAGCUUGGACAUGCCCAAGUGCGCAGAUCCAGACUUUGACCUAUCCGUCGUGCCACCAAGUACGAAUAGCAUGGUCAGAUUGUAUUCGACGGAUCUGGUAUGGAUUAUACUCACCCUGAUCACCACGGCCGCCGCUGCUUGCCCGCCUCUGACAUGUAUCACGCCACAGCUUUGCAGCAAUUGGUUCCCCCAAUACUUCCAUGGCCGACUGGCAAGUCCGUUCUUGACCGAGGGCGGAGACACCGACUAUCUCCUCGAUCAGUGGACAGACAUUCAGUCGGCCUGUGGAAAGGACAUGCCCGCCAUCACCGCCUCCAAGACACUGUAUUUUGAUGAGUGGUCCAGGUAUGCCACUGCGACACCUACUAUCCUCACCGCCAGGAAAAGAAAGGCCAAGCGUGAGGCCACACCAAACGUCUAG